GUCGCAUGGCAAGGAUGUGAUCCAGACGACACGUGGUACCCGGCUGAAAACUUCAAGAAUUCAGCGACAGCCCUUGACGACUUCCACAAGAAGUACAAAGAUGCCGCAGGACCGCCGAAGCGAUUGGCAAUCUGGAUAAAAGCCGCUGCCGAGGAUAAGUUGGACGAACCGAAUCAGGAGGAUAACGUGGCGGAGCAUGGAGAGUUAAACGGUAAAAGGAAAAAGCGACGACAUGGUUAACUUGACAAGAGCCUCGCAUGAUCUCCUGCGUCGACAUACGAGGUUUGGAAGGGGGUAGUGUGACAUUUGGACCAUGAGAUCACCAGACCCUAACCCUGACCCUGGACCAACGACCCACCAGGGUGAUACCUUUAUCGACGUCGCGUCAAGCUCAGAACUUUGUUUGUUUCCUUUCCUCUCCUCAGAGUAGAAUCUUCGUCGAUAGGCGCCAAUAGACUAGCUUCCGUGCU